AGUAAAUGCGGAAGACGAAAGAUGGAGGCGGCUGUGUUCAUUUUAUCGCUGGUCGACUGCUGUGCUUUGAUUUUUCUGGCCGUGUACUUCAUAAUUACCCUCUCUGAUCUAGAAUGCGAUUACAUCAAUGCACGGGCCUGCUGUUCCAAGUUAAACAGAUGGGUUGUUCCAGAGAUGGUAGGCCAGUCCUUGGCGACAGUAUUAAUGUUGGUCUCCCUGCACUGGUUUGUCUUCCUACUCAACCUGCCUGUGGCAGCUUGGAACAUGUACAGGUAUUUGAUGGUGCCCAUGGGGAACAUGGGGGUGUUUGACCCCACUGAGAUCCAUAACCGGGGACAACUAAAGUCUCACAUGAAAGAGUCCAUGAUCAAACUGGGAUUCCACCUACUCUGCUUCUUCAUCUACUUGUACAGCAUGAUCCUGGCACUGAUCAAUGAUUGACAUCACCAUGGCUGAUUUUAUCCUUUUGGCUAAACCAGAAACACUUCGGUUUUUGGCGUUCAACAUGUCUCAGCCCUUGGUCUCCUGCUCAGCUGGAAGCACUCAACAUUACACUCCUUUGGACACCAAAUCACUGCUCAGACCUCAGUUCCCUGAAGAAAUAGAUGUUGUUUCGAUGUACAUGUGCAUGUGUGUUCAUUCGUCCGGCCUGCAGUCUAGCAAUUUUAUCCACAGACUGCCCUUCUGAUCAGACAGAAAGAAUGACAAUCGCACAGGCUACUAGGAGUAUACCGUUGGCUAGCACGAGCUCUUGCUGCCUGCUGAACACAACCUUUAAGUUGAAUUUGAUUGGUCUGUUGUCUGUCAUUUUCCUUAUUUUCUUUGCUCAAAAUCUCUUGCCUUAUUACCAUCAAUUAGUUACAGCCUAGAUGGCCAAACUUAAUUGAACACCACACUAGAUCUGCCAUUACCUGACUGCUAUUAAAAAAAAAUUCUCAGGGGAAUACAUGCACCUGGAUUGAAAAAUGCAUUUUCUGCCCUGUUUUCUCAGUCUCUGUAACUGUGUAUUAACAAUGUAGCACUGUUUUAUAAAGCUGUACAAGUCCAAGUGAUAGCUUGCCUGUCAAUGGGAAAAUGUAAUUUGGGCAGUUUGUGCAUGACCAUGAUCCAGCCAAUUGUAUUUCUUCACUGUAGUGUUAAUGGGGAAGGGUGCCUGCUUAGAAAAUACUGAGGUUACAAAGAGUUGGUCUUAAGUUUUAUUAUCCCCUAAAUUGUGGGUAAAUUGUGGGUUUUCCUAAAUAAACAAACUU